AUGUUGGGCUUCGCAUUCGCCAUCCUAGCCUUUGCCCUUACAUUCAGCUAUUUUGUCAUCGUCCCUGUGGUCCAGUACUUCCGCGACCCUAAAGGGCUUCGAAAGUACCCGAACUUGACGUUUCUGUCGGGUAUCUCAGAUCUCCCUUUUAUCUACGAAGCACACAAAGGUUUCCGGUCUCAUACUUUGUUGAAGGUCCACCAAAAGCAUCCUGUCGUUCGCAUUGGGCCUAACGCUCUUUCCUUCGGAGCCAAGGAGGCCAUCAAAGACAUAUACGGUCAUAACACGAAAUGCGGUAAAGAUUUGAUGUACCGAGAGCUGGCGGGGACGCAUUACCAUCUGGCUGAUGUAAUUGACAAACCUGACCAUGCUCGCAAAAGGAAGAUGUUGUCGAGCGCCUAUGCCAUCAAAAAUUUGGAAAAUUGGGAGCACAAAGUGGCCGACAUGACAGCGCGUAUGAUCCGUGCCUUUGACGCCAGAUGUACUUCAGCCCUCAAACAAGGAGAACGCCCCGCCGAUGAGGAUCUAACAGUCGAUUAUCGGAUGUGGUCGAACCUAUUCACCGUGUCUGCUAUAGCCAACAUCGGCCUCAGCGAAGAUCUUGGAUUUCUCGACCGCGGAGACGACUUGGUUACUUCGGAAGCAAUGGACGGCACCACGAAGAAAGUGCAGUUCAGAGAUUGCCUGCAUGCAACGGCGUGGGCUCAAUCGAACUUGGUAUGGUCCUAUGGCUGGUACCAGGCGUUGGUUAAAUUGAGUAAACUGGUAUCACCCACUUACCGGCUUAAGUGGAGACUGAACCAGGAUUGGGAUGGUAUUGUUCGAAACAGGGCCACUACGCGAUUUAAGAGAUAUGAAGCUGGCGAGAAGCUUGACGACUUCUUUACGGCGAUCUUGCAGGAUAAAUCGGGCGUGCCCAACAACCUCGAAUGGGGUGAAAUGGUUGCAGAAGUCAGCAUCAUGAUGAACGCAGGUUCCGACACAACUGCCAUCGCAAUGUCGAAUGCUAUGUAUUUAUUGCUGAAGCAUCCUACACAGUUGAAGAGGUUACGGGAAGAGCUCGACGGUGUGCUCGAGGAUGAUGAGGUUGUUGCCCCCUAUGACAAGGUGAAGCAGCUACCUUUCCUGCGAGCUUGUCUUGAUGAGAGCAUGCGACUGCUCCCUCCCACCUCUUUCGGAUUACCUCGCCGCACGCCUCCAGAGGGUGCUCCAGUCCUCGGAGACUAUAUUGCCGGCGACACCACAGUCUCGAUGUCCUCGUACGUUGCGCACCGGGAUCCAAGCAUCUUCACGGAUCCGGAGACAUACAAUCCAGAACGAUGGCUGGGUGAGGAAGGGAAAGAAUUGCAGCCGUAUUUCAUUGCCUUCUCUGCUGGUGCCCGAGGCUGCAUUGGUCGCAACAUCAGCUACCUUGAGCAAAUGGUCUUACUGGCCUCGUUGCUACACCGGUAUGAGUUUGCUCUUCCGUACCCAGAAUGGGAGCCUUCAAGACGGGAAAAUUUUAACCUAUCACCGGGCCCGAUGCCUCUGAAAGUGUGGAUGAGAAAGAGUGCCGACGAGGCAUGA